AUGAGAAUGAUUGGCCCUUAUACACAUGAAGCACGGAUUGUUGGUAUCCAUGGAAUGGUUGGUGAUGGAAAGACUACUCUUGCUAAAAUCAUCUACAAUCAACUUUCACCUGAUUUUGAGGAGUGUUGUUUCCUUUCUAACAUUCAAGAAACUUUGGAGAUGAAGGGUGUUGAGUACUUGCAGAAUCAACUGAUCUCCAACAUCCUCAGAAGGCAAUGGACAGAUAUGAGUAACACAGACGAAGGGAUUAAGAUGAUUAAAGAUCGGCUGUGUUGUAAAAAGCUUCUCCUUCUCCUCGAUGAUGUUAACAAAAAGAAUCAAUUGAAUGCACUUAUGGGCAAGUGCGAUUGGUUUGGUGAAGGAAGUAAGCUUAUCAUCACUAACAAAGAGGUUCUCAAUGUUAUUGAAGUGGAUUGCACCUAUGAGCUUAACUGCAUGGAUUACAACAAAUCUCUUCAACUUUUCAGCAAAUAUGCCUUUAGAAGAGAUUCUCCUUUGGAUGAUUAUCUCACCCACUCCAGAAAGGCGGUAGGCAUUGCCCAAGGUCUGCCAUUAGCUCUCAAGGUUAUAGGUUUGUCUUUAUUAGGCAGCAAGAAAGAAAAGUGGGAUGUCAUACUGAAAAAGUUGGAAAAAGUUCCUCACGAGGAAGUCAGCAGUAAGCUGAAGCUAAGUUACGAGGCAUUGGAUGAUCGACAAAAGCAUGUCUUUCUUGAUGAUGACUCUGAACUUUUUCCGGAAGAAGCUUUGGAAGUUCUGCAGCAUAUGUCCUUGAUAAAGAUUGGAGAAAAGAAUAAGUUGUUGAUGUAUGAUCUAUUAAGGGAUAUGGGGCAAGAAAUCAUCCGUCGAGAUAGUAAUAUGGUGACAGAGAAGCAUACUAGAUUGUGGAAUCACAAGGAAGUAUUUGAUUUGCUGAUAACAAACCCGGAAAAGUAA